AUGUUGGCUAAGACAGUGGUUCUGGAGAUUUCCUGCAGAGUUUUCCAGAUUUUGGGCCCUUUUAUAUACAUUGACUUUUUACAAAGAUUAAGCCGGACACUGGAAAUAUGCCUCGUAAGAAGCUGUCACGUGUUCCCACUCGGGCUAGACCAACAGUUCCAGAUGACUCCAUAAUUGAGCCAGACAUGGAACUGGAACAAAAGAAAGCGAAGCUCCAACUCCUCCUAGAAGACUUUGAUCAUGAAGUUCAAAAACGUGUUGAACUUAUGGAAAUGGAGACUUCAUCUGUUGUAGAAUCCAUUUGCCGUUUGUACAAGACUGGUCUUGUACGGUAUUCAGAAAAGACGAAAAACAUGUUGUGGAAAGAUUACAUUAAAGAGAAUAAUGGAGAAAAUAGUUCAUCAGUAAGGAACAGUAUUGCUGAUGUGAUCAGCUCUGCUGAUAAUGUACUUCAGUCUGCUGCUAAGAAGCGAGGCCGCAAACCGAAAGUGCUGGGUUGUACUGGGGAUGCCUUUCUUACUCCUGCAGCUGGAACUAGAAGUGUAAGAAUGAAUCGACAGAAAGCUGUUCUGGGUGUAAGCCAAUCUGACAACUUGCUAGUGCCACCCACCACUUCCAGGGUUCUUCGCACGAAGAAAUUGGAUGUAGCAGCAACUCCAGCUAACCAGGGCCUUCCUCAAAGCUUCUCAGCGAUGUUUGUAACACCAAAAUUUGACAUGCGUAACCCACUUGCUCCUGGGACAGUCAGGAGAAGACCCAGAGUUGGUGAAAUUGCAAUGUCUUUCACUGGAUCACCAUUACAAAUAUCACCUGCCAUUAACCAAAAACCUGAGGAUGUGAAGGAAUUUAUAGCAGCAUUUCCAGCUGCUGAUGACGAGGAAUUGGAUGAGGAGACUAAAAAUGAGCUGAAGCAGUUCCAUAAGAAGAUAGGUCAACUAAUUGGAUUUGACAUACACACUUAAGUUACAUUAAACUGUUU